AUGAUAUUCUUCUGCGAGACUCCAUCCAACCAAAUCCCAUUUUUGAAGGAUGUAUUCUCGGAAAACAUCAUCGCGAAAGCUUUCCGGUUGGAGAUAUGGGUUGAAAUGGCGAGAGCUGAGAUGACGGGAAGAAGCAGACCCAUCGAGAAUCGAGGAAUGACCAUGUACUCCUUCCCUUACGGGGCUCAUGGAGUAGCGUAUUUCGAAAGAGGAAGACGGGGUCAAAUAAAGACUGGCAUUCAUCUCCAUAGCCCUUUUUCUUUAGCAGUACAGGCCGGCUGGUCGGGGUUGUUUCCCCCCCGCUACCACAAAGAUCACUGCCCAGCCACCGCUCGAGGGUACCUCCGCUCCCCAACUGAGCAAAAUGGAUCAAAUUCGCGGGAAAGGAGAGAUAAAAAAAGGGAAGGUUCUGCUGAGACUCAAGUUCCCCUGCCGGAGCUCCCCGAACCUGAAGUAGAAGUCGAGGGGCUGCUCAGUGAGAAGAAGCGUCAAAUGAUUCGGACAGUUGUCGCGCUGGCGGAGCAGGGAGCCUACAGGGAAGAUUGGGGCAAUGAGGAGUUCGACGAUUUAGCCCAUCGACUACAUCUAUCGCUGAACCAACUUCCGAAUCAUCUACCGAAUCGCAUAAUCAACCGGAUCCACCUAAACCUAAUAAAUUUCCUCUAG